UUUAUUACAAUUUUUUUUUUUUUUUUUUUGAUUGGUUCUUUCCUCCGAUUUGAGAUUUUGCUACCUCGGAACCUCUCUCCGACAUCGUACCGUCUCGUCCAAUUAGAGCUGGUUCACCUUCUCCGACGAAGCUUACUUAUACCCUCAAUUAGGGUUUCAAGGAAGACUCCCAUCAACCCAACAAUCACGUUCAGUGAAUGGUUUCGAUUGAGUUUUAAUGGUUCUUCGGGAUCUGGGAAGGGAUAAAGUUGUCUUGCCGUCUUCCGAUUUCGACCACCAUUGUACCUAAAGCUUUGAAUAUGGCUGAAUCCAAUGGCAAGGGUUCCCACGAGACUUAUUCAGAUGACGAUGAGGAACAUGAGGACAACAGCAGGGGUUUUAACCUUGGAUUCAUCUUUGGAAAUGUUGAUAACUCUGGGGACUUGGAUGCUGAUUACCUUGAUGAGGACGCCAAAGAACAUCUUUCUGCAUUGGCAGAUAAGCUGGGUUCAUCUCUACCAGAUAUAAACUUAUUGGCAAAAUCAGAACGUACAACAAGUGAUCCAGCUGAGCAAGAUUAUGAUAGAAAAGCUGAGGAUGCUGUCGAUUAUGAGGAUAUUGAUGAAGAGUAUGAUGGGCCCGAAGUUCAAGUAGUUAGCGAGGAAGAUCAUUUACUACCAAAAAAGGAGUAUUUUUCGACUGCAGUUGCCUUGGGUAAUUUAACUUCUAGAGCUUCUGUGUUUGACGAUGAAGAUUAUGAUGAGGAAGAAGAACAAGCGGAGGUGCAUCCGCCAGUUGAAAAAUCUUUUAUAACUGCUAACAGGGAACCAGUUGUCUUAAAGGAAGACAAGGCCUUGGAGUAUGAGGAUAGAAAUUUGGAAACCGAGGAUCAGAUGGACACAGAAGAUGUCCAGGAGGAGGAGGUGGAUGAGUUAUUGGAAGGUACAUUGGAUGAGAAAGGCGCCGCCCCACUGCCUACGUUGUAUGUGGAGGAUGGUAUGGUCAUCUUACAGUUCUCCGAGAUAUUUGCUAUCCAUGAGCCACCACAGAAGCGUGACAGGAGAGAAAAUAGAUAUGUCACUUGUAGAGACAAAUACAAAUCUAUGAAUAUUUCUGAGCUUGUCGAAGACGAUGAGGAGGUACUCCUAAAGAGCCAUGGUAGGGUUGAUACUCAUGUAAAACAAGCUGAUCUGGUUCAGCUAGAUGUUCCCUUUCCAAUUAGAGAGGGGUUACAGCUGGUACAAGCUGGCAGAAUGGGUGGUAUCCCACCAGAAUCAAGGGAAUUUACCAAGCUCGGAAGGGAUUCAUGUAUCAUGGGUGAAAUGUUGAAGCAGGACUUAGAUGAUAAUUCAUCUCUAUGCCAGUCUCAAUUAUCGAUGGAAGUUUUUCCUCUUGACCAGCAUGAAUGGGAACAUCAGAUUCUAUGGGAGCAUUCACCUGAAAUUAGUGGUACUUCUGGUCAGGGCUGUGAAUCUGGACUUGAGCCUGAAGGUAUGCUGGUUGAUGGAACAAAUUCAGAGACUGAUCAAGAAAGCUUGAAUGUGAUGAACUCUAGAGAACAAGUUCAAGCUGACAAUAGUAUGCUUAUGCCUUUUUUUGCCAAUCUGUUGGAGUCUUUUGGCUCAAGAGGUUCCCAGUCUACAAACGAGUCCACUAACAAAAGUAGACAUCAUCCACAACUGUUACGUUUAGAAUCCCAGUGGGACGAGAAUCAUCUUAGAGCAAAUGAUGAAGCUGGAGUAGAGAAUAUAAAGCGACUUGAAAGCGAAGCUCUUGGGCGCUUUAGCAGACUUGUAUUGCGAGAGAGGGAUUUGGGGGAUGAGACAUGGUUAGAUAGUGUAAUAUGGGACUCAGAUAAAGAGUUGAGCAGAUCUAAACUAAUUUUUGAUCUUCAAGAUGAGCAAAUGGUCUUUGAAAUUGUGGAUAAUGAGGAAACCAAAAAUCUUCAACGUCAUGCUGGAGCUAUGAUUGUAUCCCGGUCUUCAAAAUCCAAGGAUGAAGACUUUCAUGAAGACUUUGAAUCAAAUUCUGGAUGGCAAUUUAAUAUUUCUAAUGACAAGUUUUAUAUGAAUGGAAAAAGCUCUCAGCAACUGCAAGCAAAUACUAAUAAAUCCGGCAUUCAUAGUUUGAGAGUUUUUCAUUCAGCACCAGCGAUUAAAUUGCAGACAAUGAAGAGUAAAUUGAGCAAUAAAGACAUAGCAAAUUUUCACCGACCCAAAGCUUUAUGGUAUCCACAUGACAAUGAGCUAGCCAUCAAGCAACAAGGAAAGUUACCCACCCGAGGAUCCAUGAAAAUUGUAGUUAAGAGCCUGGGGGGUAAAGGAAGCAAGCUACACGUUGGCAUAGAGGAAUCUGUAUCUUCUCUAAAAGCCAAAGCUUCAAGAAAGCUAGAUUUUAAGGAAACAGAAGCAGUGAAGAUGUUCUACAUGGGGAAGGAACUUGAGGAUGAAAAGUCACUUGCUAUACAAAAUGUUCAACCAAAUUCCUUGGUUCAUCUUGUACGUACCAAAGUACAUCUGUGGCCAUGGGCACAGAAGCUACCUGGCGAAAAUAAAUCUUUGAGACCUCCUGGGGCGUUCAAGAAGAAAUCUGACCUAUCUACUAAAGAUGGCCAUGUUUUCUUGAUGGAGUACUGCGAGGAGAGGCCGCUGAUGCUCAGUAAUGCAGGAAUGGGUGCAAAUUUGUGCACAUAUUAUCAGAAGUCAUCCCCAGAGGAUCAACGUGGCAACUUGCUGCGCAAUCAAAGUGACACUUUAGGAAAUGUGAUGAUUCUAGAACCUGGGGACAAGUCUCCUUUCCUUGGGGAAAUACACCCUGGUUGCAGUCAGUCAUCAAUUGAAACAAACAUGUAUAAAGCACCUGUUUUCCCGCAGAGAUUGCAAUCAACAGAUUACUUGUUGGUCCGGUCUCCUAAAGGAAAGCUCUCUCUAAGGCGUAUUGACAAGAUAGUUGCUGUUGGACAACAGGUUUGCCUUUCGAUUUCUGUACAGGGAAAGCGUACAUGUAUAAAGUCAUCCCCAGAGGAUCAACGUGGCAACUUGCUGCGCAAUCAAAGUGACACUUUAGGAAAUGUGAUGAUUCUAGAACCUGGGGACAAGUCUCCUUUCCUUGGGGAAAUACACCCUGGUUGCAGUCAGUCAUCAAUUGAAACAAACAUGUAUAAAGCACCUGUUUUCCCGCAGAGAUUGCAAUCAACAGAUUACUUGUUGGUCCGGUCUCCUAAAGGAAAGCUCUCUCUAAGGCGUAUUGACAAGAUAGUUGCUGUUGGACAACAGGUUUGCCUUUCGAUUUCUGUACAGGGAAAGCGAUUCAGCUAUGUCAGAGCUGCACCAAAAGCACCAGCUGCAGCCGGGCAUAUGAAGAAAAAGGCAGCAGCCGGUCGUGGAGCCCCAACUGUCACUGGUACAGAUGCUGAUCUUCGCAGAUUAAGCAUGGAAGCAGCUCGAGAGGUACUUCUGNCUCCAUGGAAUCUAAGCAGUAAUUUUGUUGCUUGUACGAAUCAGGACAGAGCAAAUAUAGAGCGUUUGGAAAUUACAGGGGUUGGUGAUCCCUCGGGACGGGGUCUAGGAUUCAGCUAUGUCAGAGCUGCACCAAAAGCACCAGCUGCAGCCGGGCAUAUGAAGAAAAAGGCAGCAGCCGGUCGUGGAGCCCCAACUGUCACUGGUACAGAUGCUGAUCUUCGCAGAUUAAGCAUGGAAGCAGCUCGAGAGGUACUUCUGAAGUUUAAUGUCCCCGAUGAGAUAAUUAUCAAGCAAACUCGAUGGCACCGUAUAGCUAUGAUACGGAAACUAUCAAGUGAGCAGGCUGCAUCCGGUGUUAAGGUUGACCCUACAACCAUAGGCAAGUAUGCUCGUGGCCAGAGAAUGUCUUUUCUGCAGAUGCAACAGCAGGCCCGAGAAAAGUGUCAGGAGAUUUGGGACAGGCAGCUUUUGUCCCUUUCAGCUUUUGAUGGUGAUGAGAAUGAAAGUGAAAAUGAGGCGAACAGUGACUUGGACUCCUUUGCUGGAGAUCUGGAAAAUCUACUUGAUGCUGAGGAAGGUGGGGAGGGGGAAGAAUCUAAUAUGUCUAAGAAUGACAAGUUGGACGGAGUUAAGGGUCUCAAGAUGAGACGGCGGCCAUCUCAAGUUGAGACAGAUGAAGAAAUUGAAGAUGAAGCUACUGAAUAUGCAGAGUUAUGCCGAUUGCUGAUGCAAGAUGAGGAUCAGAAGAAGAAAAAGAAGAAGAUGAAAGGUGUGGGAGAGGGUAUGGGAUCCUUUUCUCCUCCACGACCCAAUAUAGCUUUUCAGAUUGGUGAACCGUUACGAAAGGCCAAUGCCAUUGAGAAGAAACCUAUUGCCAUCCAACCUGAUGCAUCUUUCUUUGUAAAUGAGAGCACCGUGAAAGACAUCAGAAAUGUUGAUAGCCCAAUUAUAAAGACCCCCAAAAGUAAACAGGUGAAAGAGAACAUCAAUUCUUUGGGCCAGCUGAGGAAGGUCAAAAUACUGAACGAAAACCUAAAGGUAUUCAAGGAAAAGAAAUCAGCGAGAGAGAACUUUGUUUGUGGAGCCUGUGGUCAGCAUGGGCACAUGAGAACCAAUAAACACUGCCCAAGAUACAGAGAAAAUACAGAAUCACAACCUGAAGGCACAGAUAUGGAGAAGUCUGCGGGAAAGCCAAGUACUUCAGAACUAUCAGGUCAGCCAAAGCUAAAACCUAUUAAGAACAGCAAGGCUGCAUCAAAAAGUACAAAAAAAACUUCUGAUGAAGUUCCAAAGGGAGAUAAUUUAACUGCCAAAACUGGGGCUCCCGGAAGUUCUGAGCAAGCAGUGGUGUCUGACAUAGACACUGGGACUAAGUCUACAUCUAAGAUCAGCAAACUGAAGAUUUCAAGUAAAGCAAAACCUAAAGAAUCAAAGGUUGAAUCUGAUAGACCUCCCUAUCCAUUGAUGCCUACAUUUAGUAGAGAGAGAGGGGAGAGCGAACCACACAAGCCUUCUGUUUCUGGACAACCUUUGUCUAGUACAGAGAGAAAUCAGGCAGCCUCAAGCAGGCACACAAUUUCUAUUCCGAGGCCAUCAUUAAGCAUGGAAACAGAUCAAGCUGAAUCACGCAGGCCUCAUCUCGUGAUACGACCGCCAACAGAAAGAGAACAACCUCAGAAGAAACUUGUUAUAAAACGUUCGAAGGAGAUAAAUGAUCAUGACAUGAGUAGUCUUGAGGAGAGUCCACGGUUUGAAUCCCGUAAAACAAAAAGAAUGGCAGAACUGGCAGGUUUUCAGAAGCAGCAGAGCUUCAGAUUGGCAGAGAACUCCCUAGAGCGGAGACCAAAAGAGGAUAGAGUAUGGUGGGAGGAAGAGGAGAUAAGUACGGGAAGACAUAUGGAAGUAACGACGAGAAGAGAUUAUGAUGAUAUGACUGUAUCAGAAGAACCCAAUGAGAUAGCUGAGAUCAGAAGAUACGAAGAGGUAUUAAGGAGUGAGAGGGAGGAAGAGGAACGACAAAAAGCCAAGAAGAAAAAAAAGAAAAAGAAGCUGCAACCCGAAUUAGUAGAAGGGUAUCUAGAAGAUUAUCCUCCUCGGAGAAACGAUAGAAGAUUGCCGGAAAGAGGGCGGAACGUCAGAAGCCGCUACGUCUCCGACUUUGAAAGAGAUGGUGCAGAGUAUGCACCUCAACCAAAACGACGCAAAAAAGGAGAGGUUGGCCUAGCAAACAUCUUGGAAAGCAUAGUGGACACACUGAGACUUAAAGAGGAAGUGUCACGCCUCUUCUUAAAACCGGUUUCCAAGAAGGAGGCUCCGGACUAUCUUGCUGUUGUGAAACGCCCGAUGGAUCUCUCGACAAUCCGGGAUAAGGUACGGAAGAUAGAGUACAGAAACCGAGCCCAGUUUAGACACGACGUCUGGCAGAUCACAUACAAUGCCCACCUUUACAACGACAGACGUAACCCAGGCAUACCGCCUUUGGCAGAUCAGUUGCUGGAGAUUUGUGAUUACUUGUUGGAUGAUUAUGAAGGUCAGUUAUCAGAAGCAGAGAAAGGUAUAGUAGAUCCCAAUGACUGAGAGAGAACUGUAACAUAGAAACUGUAUCCCCUCUUUUUAGUCAGUCACCCAAAAUGGGUUUCUUAGCUUAGCUAAUGAUUUGUACGAAUAGAAAACAUUCCCAUGUUUGUGUAAAGCAGAAGUAAUGAAAAAGGAAAAGAAAUCGUUAUUUUUU